UUUCCCGCAGCGGCCGCCUGCUGCUCUUUGUGGCAGUCGCAGUCCUUUUGUGGGAGUCCGGUCUGUCCACUUGCCGGUCCCUCAGACCGUCGGCGGUCUCUGUCCGCUUCGGGACCUGUCCGCUGGUCGCUCCGCGUCCGAUGGCUCCGGGCCGCGGAACCUUAGGCCUGGCCCUGGUCUCCGAGCGCGGGUUCGCCGGGAGGAGCGUGUGGCGGGGGUGUGCCGGGGCGUGAGUGCGCCGGGCAUGGGGCUGAGCCUGGUGUGGGGAGUGGGUAUCUGCGGAGCCGGCCUGAACCCCACCUCAGCCGGGCGCGGGGAGGGGGCUCCGUGCGUGUGAUCGUGCAGCUGUGAGCGCGUGGCCGCCCCGCGGGGCUCCGCUGCAGGCCCCUCAGCCCCAGGAGCAGGACUCGCUCUUCAGGGCCUGCCCUGGAUCCUGGAGGCUACACAGCUGCCCACUCCUCCCGGGGAGGCUGCCGUGGAGGCCAUGGAGAUCCCUGUCCCGGAGCCCGAGAAGACAGCUCUUUCCUCUCAGGAUCCUGCUCUUUCCCUGAAAGAGAAUCUCGAGGAUAUAUCGGGUUGGGGUCUUCCCGAAGCCAGGUCCAAGAGUUUGGCUCUUGUCACCCAGGCUGGAGUGCAGUGGCGCAAUCUUGGCUCACUGCAACCUCCACCUCUUGGGUUCAAGCAAUUCUCCUGACCUCAGGAAUCGGUGAGUUUCAAGGAUGUGGCUGUGGACUUCACCCAGGAGGAGUGGGGUCAACUAGACUCCCCUCAGAGGGCCUUGUACCGGGAUGUGAUGUUGGAGAACUACCAGAACCUUCUUGCCCUAGGACCUCCACUGCACAAGCCAGAUGUGAUCUCUCAUCUGGAACGAGGCGAGGAGCCAUGGAGCAUGCAGAGGGAAGUCCCCAGAGGGCCCUGUCCAGAAUGGGAGCUGAAGGCGGUGCCCUCUCAACAGCAGGGCAUUUGCAAAGAAGAACCGGCCCAGGAGCCCAUCAUGGAGCGGCCCCUCGGCGGGGCGCAGGCGUGGGGGCGCCAGGCAGGUGCUCUGCAGAGGAGUCAGGCUGCGCCCUGGGCGCCCGCACCUGCCAUGGUCUGGGACGUCCCUGUAGAGGAAUUCCCCCUCAUGUGUCCCCUCUUCGCCCAGCAACGCGUUCCCGAGGGGGGACCCUUGCUGGACACACGCAAGAACGUCCAGGCCACUGAGGGCAGAACCAAGGCCCCCGCGAGACUGUGUGCAGGGGAAAACGCCUCCACGCCAAGUGAGCCAGAAAAGUUCCCCCAGGUGCGCCGGCAGCGCGGGGCGGGCGCCGGGGAGGGCGAGUUCGUGUGCGGCGAGUGCGGGAAGGCGUUCCGCCAGAGCUCCUCCCUCAUGCUGCACCGGCGCUGGCACAGCCGGGAGAAGGCUUACAAGUGCGAUGAAUGCGGCAAGGCCUUCACCUGGAGCACCAACCUUCUGGAGCACCGGCGCAUCCACACCGGCGAGAAGCCCUUCUUCUGCGGCGAGUGCGGGAAGGCCUUCAGCUGCCACUCGUCCCUCAACGUGCACCAGCGCAUCCACACGGGCGAGCGGCCCUACAAGUGCAGCGCCUGCGAGAAGGCCUUCAGCUGCAGCUCGCUGCUCAGCAUGCACCUGCGGGUGCACACCGGCGAGAAGCCCUACCGGUGCGGCGAGUGCGGCAAGGCCUUCAACCAGCGUACACACCUCACACGCCACCACCGCAUCCACACGGGCGAGAAGCCCUACCAGUGCGGCUCCUGCGGCAAGGCCUUCACCUGCCACUCAUCCCUCACCGUGCAUGAGAAGAUCCACAGCGGGGACAAGCCGUUCAAGUGCAGCGACUGCGAGAAGGCCUUCAACAGCCGCUCGCGCCUCACCCUCCACCAGAGGACGCACACGGGCGAGAAGCCCUUCAAGUGCGCCGACUGCGGGAAGGGCUUCAGCUGCCACGCGUACCUGCUCGUGCACCGGCGCAUCCACAGCGGCGAGAAGCCCUUCAAGUGCAACGAGUGCGGCAAAGCCUUCAGCUCCCACGCCUACCUCAUCGUGCACCGGCGCAUCCACACAGGCGAGAAGCCCUUCGACUGCAGCCAGUGUUGGAAGGCCUUCAGCUGCCACUCGUCCCUCAUCGUGCACCAGCGCAUCCACACCGGUGAGAAGCCCUACAAGUGCAGUGAGUGCGGCAGAGCCUUCAGCCAGAACCACUGUCUCAUUAAACAUCAGAAAAUCCACUCCGGGGAGAAGUCGUUUAAGUGUGAGAAAUGUGGGGAGAUGUUCAACUGGAGCUCGCACCUCACUGAGCACCAGAGGCUGCACAGCGAGGGGAAGCCCUUGGCCAUCCAGUUCAACAAACACCUGCUCAGCACAUACUACGUGCCUGGCAGCCUGCUGGGUGCAGGGGAUGCUGGACUGAGGGACGUGGAUCCCAUCGACGCGCUGGAUGUGGCAAAGCUCUUGUGCGUGGUUCCCCCCCGAGCUGGCAGGAAUUUCUCCCUGGGGAGCAAACCUCGAAACUAACAUGAUGUGCUUUGGUGUCAGUAGCCACUUUCUGAGCUACUCAACAAGGAAAGCACCCUGAUCCUCCCUGGCUCCUAGAUCCAGACCACCUUCCUCCAGGUGUGGGAGCCUUGCCUUAUCACCCCAAUCAGGUCUGCAUGCCAGGGUGCCUCCUCUAGUUAAAGUCGGUCACCUCCCCAGAAGGGCCACACUCCAGGAGGAGUGUUGAGAGUCAUGUGAGAUAGUCUUGCCACCUGUUUUCCUUGAUGGGCCUGGAAGUUGUUGACAAGGGGAAAGAUCUUUCUUGCCAAUAGAAAGAAGGGAUAGCGUUGGGUGCCAUGGCUCACACCUGUAAUCUUAACACUGUGGGAGGCCAAGGCAAGGGGAUCACUUGAGCCCAGGAGUCUAGGACCAGCCUGGACAACAUGGUGAGACCUCGUCUCUACAAAAAAUGCAAAAAUUAGCCAGAUGUGGGCAUGUCCCUGUGGUCCCAGCUACUCAGGAGGCUGAGGUGGGAGGAUCAUUUGAGCCUAGGAGGUCAAGGCUGCAGUGAGCCAUGAUUCACAGCACUGCACUGCAGCCUGGGUGACAAAGCAAGACCCUGUGUGAAAUUAAAAGGAGGUAUAUCAACUGUUGUAUCCUCAGACGGGCUCCUGACAUGGCUUUAAUCGGGAGUUUCCUCCAUAAACUAUUAUUUUCAGAAUAAUAAUAAAAUAAGAAUUAUGACUAGCA